AAUUGGCGACUACGUUCUUGUUAUGUUGAUAUCGUCACUAGUCAGUCGCUACUGGCUAAACGUUGCCAGCCGGGCCGGACUUUCGUCUGGAGUUUUGUGUUUUUGUGCCACUUGAGGCACAUCAGGGGAUCAGCCGCCACAAUACAGAGAUAAAAUGAAUGUAAAUACAGCUCCGCUCGGCAAGUUCUGUGUAGUAGAGUGGAUCCAGGGCAGAAAAGCCGGUCGGCGCGAGACGGUCUCGCGGGACUUAGUUCAGUUACAGCCUGAGCGAGGAUCUGGCGCCUGCAAAGUCCGUUCACCAUUCACGGACUCUAACCAAUAUUCUCCUGCUGUUUUGCACUUCCAUAAUGACGAUUUUGAGAUUAUCUCGAUGUGGCUAUUGCUGUCAAGAAACACAUCGGAGAAGAACGCUGUGGUCCAUAGCGACAAAGCCUCAAGAAAGCGCCAAAGACAGCUUUCGCCGCCGGCAGUUCAGCGUGUGGGAAAAGGACAUACAGGCCACGGCGGGCCACGAGACUCGACGGACAUGCCUCGAUACAUCGUGGUACAAGCAGAUGUUUCUUUGCGUAAACAGUACGCUUGUGUGCCGAGAAGCUGGAUUAUGCCGAGAACCAGCACUAGCCUGCCCUUCGGCGCCUCCUGUUUUGCGGCUUGGCCGGCCGACAUGGAGAAGCUCGGCCCUUGGGCUCGCCUUGGCUGCUCGCCCUCACCCGAUUGGGGUUUGCGGCGCGUAAUCUGCGUCUACGGCACAGAUAACUAUGACGCUGGCCAGGAUUGGAUUCGGACAAUGACAAAUGAUCAGCCAAUUUUCUCAGGUGACCCUCGUCUGGCAAAGGUGCCCCGCAUUUACAACUCUUCGCGCCGCUUUACCGGUCACCAGUCUACGACCGCGCCACUUCCGUCAAUAAGCGCAGUCGUCAAUGAGCUCCAUGAACUAUCAGUCUGUCAUGACACAAACGCCUGCCCUUCAUUCUUGCCGGCGCCGUAUGAUACAGAAGAGUUUCGGAAACUAAUAACAACAUAUAAUUGUAUCCCGAAGCCCUUACGACCCGCGACUGCUGUACCAGAUCACACGGUCGCACCUACACCAGUUAUGGGCUCACUCGCUAAUCUUCCCUAUGUACAACCUUUACGAUCUACCUCACUCCGUGCAAACUCCUCUUCUGCUGCUAUGAAAUCACCUAAAACUACAUCGUUUUCUACUUCAGCGAGAGUUAUGGUACAUAAUGCACCAUCUACUCAUGCGUCGGAGAUAAGAAGGCUCCAAAAACCUUCAGUGCCUAUCUCCCUACCACUAUCUAAUCUCGCACCAGCCACCUCUAUGCCAUCAUUUGGGUUAACUUCAGCGCCUACCCCUCUUCCAUUAUCUAAUCUCGCACCAGCCACCUCUAUGCCGUCAUUUAGGUUAACUUUAGCGCCUACGCCUCUUCCAUUAUCUAAUCUCGCACCAGCCACCUCUAUGCCGUCAUUUGGGUUAAUUUCAGCGCCUACCCCUCUUCCAUUAUCUAAUCUCGCACCAGCUAUCCCGUCAUUUGGGUCAACUUCAGCGCCUACCCCUCUUCCAUUAUCUAAUCUCGCACCAGCCACCUCUAUCCCGUCAUUUGGGUCAACUUCAGCGCCUACCCCUCUUCCAUUAUCUAAUCUCGCACCAGCCACCUCUAUCCCGUCAUUUGGGUCAACUUCAGCGUCUACCCCUCUUCCAUUAUCUAAUCUCGCACCAGCUAUCCCGUCAUUUGUGUCAACUUCAGCGCCUACCCCUCUUCCAUUAUCUAAUCUCGCACCAGCCACCUCUAUCCCGCCAUUUGGGUCAACUUCAGCGUCUACCCCUCUUCCAUUAUCUAAUCUCGCACCAGCCACCUCUAUCCCGUCUUUUGGGUCUACUUCAGCGCCUAGCCUUCUUCCAUUAUCUAACCUCGCACCAGCCAACUCUAUCCCGUCAUUUGGGUCAACUUCAGCGUCUACCCCUCUUCCAUUAUAUAAUCUCGCACCAGCCACCUCUAUCCCGUCAUUUGGGUCAACUUCAGCGCCUACCCCUCUUCCAUUAUCUAAUCUCGCACCAGCCACCUCUAUCCCGUCAUUUGGGUCAACUUCAGCGCCUACCCCUCUUCCAUUAUCUAAUCUCGCUACUUCUUUACUUCCGUCUAUUUCAACAACCCCUGACCUCACGCAGAUUUCUGCUCCGGCAUCCACUACACUAGCUUCUUGUGCCUCAUCAAUCUCCCCCUUAAUUGUUUCAACUUCCGUAGUGACUCCCACGCAAGCUGCUACUUCUGCCGUAACCGCCGUUUCCCCUUCCGUCGCUCGCCCGACACUUCCUAAGGACAAAUCUGCGUAUACCACGUCGCGAGCCGAACCUAACUCGUCACAAACUAUUACUAAACGGCACAUCCGAUGUGAAUUUAUUAAAUUAAUAAGUAAAAUUACUGUACUAGAUGAAGAAUUAAAACAAAUGUGUAACAGAACCGUGAAAGGAAUUCAUACGAAUUCUUUGAAAUUUCAAGAAUCUAUGAAACCUCUUUACGACUAUUGUUUAUUAAAAAACAAUGACGUAGCCGUAGAGGCAAAUUAAAAUUAGCUAAUUGUUUUGCUUAGGCCCAAUAGUACUUAUACUUUUAGGAUUGUACCGUUCCAGGUCAUCGGGGUGCUUUAAACAAUAGACGAUUUUAUGUUUACUCUAUAAUUAUCCACUCCGUACCAUAGAAUAUCCGAAAUAAUGUAAUGUUACUCACUAUGAAAAUAAUGAACGCAAUGAGAUUGCCCACCCCUGGAUGUGCUCUCGGGACGUAACUCCGACAAUUAUGUACAGCCUCGGCUCGACCAAAGAUUAAAAAUAAACUCUCAUACAUC